AUCGACGUACCGUGUUUCAUAACACUUACCUAAAUAGUUCUGUACUGUUUAGUAACAUUGUUAAAACGGAAGAGUAUCGUUGACGACAGUGCAUUCUGGUGGUUUCAAUGAAAUACAAUUUGUCAAUAAGAGCAAGAGCAGAAAAGUCUGACGGAUGGUGUGUAUUUCAUACGAAAGUUAGUUUGAGGAAUUACUAGAAAAUGGCAGACAACGAACAAAAAGCCAUUCAGUUAAUGGCAGAAGCGGAAAAGAAACUUCAUUCGUCAAAAGGAUUCUUCGGUUCUUUAUUUGGAGGAUCUUCAAAAGUUGAAGAGGCCGUGGAAUGCUACCAACGUGCAGCUAACAUGUUUAAAAUGGCAAAGAAGUGGGGUUCUGCUGGCAACGCAUUUUGUGAAGCCGCAUCGUACCAUGCCAAAGCUGGCAGCAAACACGACGCGGCAAGCAACUAUGUGGAUGCUGCAAACUGUUACAAGAAAUCGGAUCCCAACGAGGCGGUGACGUGCCUGCUGAAGGCCAUCGAGAUCUACACGGACAUGGGCCGCUUCACGAUGGCCGCCAAGCACCACCAGGCCAUCGCGGAGCUGUACGAGACGGAGGCGGUGGACCUGGACCGGGCGGUGCAACACUACGAGCAGGCGGCCGACUACUUCAAGGGCGAGGACAACAACUCGUCGGCCAACAAGUGCCUGCUCAAGGUCGCGCAGUACGCCGCCCAGCUCGACAACUACGACAAGGCCAUACAGAUAUACGAGCAGGUGGCGGCCUCUUCCCUCGAGAGCUCCCUGCUCAAGUACAGUGCCAAGGAGUACUUCUUCCGGGCCGCGCUGUGCCACAUGUGCGUGGACGUGCUGAACGCCCAGCACGCCUUGGAGCGCUACCAGGAGCUGUACCCCGCCUUCCAGGACUCCCGGGAGUGCAAGCUGCUGAAGGUACUGAUAGAGAACAUGGAAGAGCAGAACGCUGAGGGCUUCACAGAGGCGGUCAAGGACUACGACUCCAUCUCCCGGCUGGACCAGUGGUACACGACCAUCUUGCUGCGCAUAAAGAAACAACUGAACGACGACCCGGACCUCCGCUGAGCGCUUGGCCCCCCCGCCCCACCUCCCGUCUUGCUUCGCCCGGCCUGUCAUAAGCACAGCUUUUCCGUUCUCACUAGCGUUCUUUGGGGCAGACUGAUUCCAUGUGUAGACAAAUUUUUUUUUUAGGACAGGCUGGACUUCCAUUUAAUUUUUUUUUUUUGGGACAUUUUGUAAAUGAAGAGCGAGAACUUAGUUUUAGGAAUUCUAUAUCUUCUUCAACAGCUUUCACUGUAUUCGUAAUGGAGUUGAAAAAUGUAUCAAGCUAUUUCUGAUUUCUCUCUUAACCACUCUAUCUCGUGGUGUAGCCGUAAUCUAACCAAUGAAGCGAUUCAGCACAGAUUCCUUUUUACACAUGCCUGCUUCGAUUAUUAUAGCAAUAUCGCAAUACUACAUGAGGGUAACCAGUUUCUACGUAAUGUUACAGAUCUUAGCAUUGUUGAUGAAGAUGUUUGUGAAAAGUAAUUCAGUUGUUGUGUAGGUAUUUAGAUAUUUUACAAGUUGUUCUUUCUUUUAAAGUUUAUCAUGUAUGUGUAAGACAUGUUUAUUUACCUCGUCUUGUUGGAAUAAAUAGUCACAACUGUUUUUCGGAUUCAUUAGUUAACCUAGUAGGCUUGAAGUACAUACACAUAUACUUCACAUUGAUGAUUGGACUACGGUGCUCUUUACAUGCCCCCAACUACUCUGAGCCAUUUAUAAACAUGGAGAAGGGGUUAGGACUACCCUGGAGUAAAAUGAAUCCUCAAAAUAAUCAUGGCUCUAGGAAUAAAGCACUUGAUGAGAUAGAUUUCCAAAUUUCAUGAUUGUGUUUUUACAUUAACACAAGCAAUUUGUUUUAAUGAAGUAUUAUAAAAACAUGUACAUAUUGACAUGUGUAAAAUCAGCCCUGAGAGAAUUUGUCUGGUGUGUUUUCUACAAUUUAAUUUGUCAUAAGCAGAAUAUUGUAACGAAGUUUGAUUUUUUUUUUUUGUUUAUAAGUUUGUCCGGAGUUGCUCAGAAGCAACAUCUAUGUAGUGUUUCCGACUGGAGAACACUUUGCUCAGAAGACUUUGCGUAGUUGUAGAAAACGUAGUUCUUUUAACUUCGUCGUGUUUUUGACUUAAGAAUUUGAAAAAAAGAAAAAUUAUUAAUCGUAGGAAAUUAUUUAUUGAAUUUCAGUGCUGUUAGAUAGUUUUUAAAUCCAGUAUUUUAAUAUUUUAAGUAGGUAAAGUAUGUAUUAGGGAGGAACUGUUUGCUUGUUGGUCAUUGAAGUUACUAUGAUUUGAGCCUGCGUGUUCAUAAAAUGUAAUUGAUCCAACAAAUUAUAUGUUAUUGAACCAUAUUAUGUUUGCUGUUUAAUCCGUGUAGGAACGUGUAUCAUUCCCACCAACAAAAGGAAAGAAACGAACAGUGGGGAAAGGGGUUUAUAUUCCCCCCCUUCCUUUUCCCUUCUUGUCUCAAUUAAAUUCUGUGUACGUUCCUGGUUAUCGUAAUGGCUAUGCACAACAGAUGAAAGAACACUUACUGUCUGAGUACACUGUUUGUACAUUCAUAGACAUAAUUAAAUGGUAAAAUUAAUUUGUCUCAUAAUGUGAUUACAAUCUUUUUCAACCCAACCACUUUAUAAUUGAUAACUUUUGUUUAUACUGAAAAUAAAUGUAGUAAUGAAUUCUUACAAAAUAUUGUCACAGGUACAGUAUUUUUAAUUAACUUUUAAAUGCUGUUUUCCAUUUUACUAACAUUUUUGCCAAGAUAGUUGGUUUUUUCUUUCCUUUAUUGUAAUAUCUUUCAGUGCACCAUGAUAGGAAAGCUUCUGUUGCAAAAAUGGAGAACUGUAAAAUCAAGUUGGGUAAAGAAGGGCUUCUUCUGUGUUAUCUGAGUUAUGGACAUGAGGAAUAGUUUCAUUCUUUUUACUUACAUUUAUUUAUUUUCUUGGGGUUUACAUGUUCAUAAUUUAAGUACUACACAUUCAAGAAAUUUUUUAAUGCCCUGUUUUAAUGUAUGUUUUUUUUUUUCGUAUGUACAUACAUAAAUAUAGCAAAAUAAACAUUUAGGUGUACAUACUUUCUGUUAAAAAUAUAAAAUGGUCAGGUUAAUUAUGUGUAAUGUUGCAAGAUACAAGAUACUAACAGGAAUUGUUUCUUCAAAUUCAUACAGUUCUGCUUACGUUUUAGGACAAAAUAACUGGGAAAACUUCCAUCUCAACUAAAGAUUAUAGUUUAUAGAUAUUUACUUUCUGGGAACAUCGUAAUUACCUAAAGAAUAAGUUAACUUGAUAAAAUGGUGAAGUAGAUUUUUAUGUAAAAAAAAAAUUUUUUGGAUAAGGGAAUGACAAAGUAGGAUUUUAGACUUUCAGUUUGUUUAGAACUUUGUAAAAUAUAUUUCCUGUAAUUGUAACUUCCUUUAAGUUACAACUCCCCUCUUUCCCAUGCUAUAAAUUGUAAUAGAAAAUUUUUAAAAAGAGAUAAGCUUUACCCCGUUCUCUCUCACUCCCCAUGUAUUAAGAGAUUAAGAAUUUAUAUUCUGUUUUCAUUCACUGCUGUCAGUGAUUUCUCACGAGACACUAAGAAAUAUUUUUUAAAGAAAUAAGUAGUUGUGCAAGAAAUUAUUGUUUUUAAGCAUUAACUUCAUUGUUGGUUUUUGUUUAUUUACUUUCUCAUUACUGUAGUUAUCAAGAUUUUUUAAAUCAUUCAGUACCAUUAGGACUUGUACUUGAAGCAAAAAUGUAUGUGCUGUUCUUACAAAAAUUAGUUUGAAGAAAAAAAUAUGCUUGUAUAUUUUACUUGUAAAUAGUCAGAAGAUACUAACAAUUUAUGUUCUGUGCAAAAUCUGAAAGGAAUCAAGCAAACUUCUAAAAGAAAUCCCACGACUCUUCUUGGGUUAGGUGGUGUACAUUUGCAAAUCAUCCUUGAACAAAUUUGCUGUUUUGAUGCAGAUUACCGGUACUUAGUUUGAUGACAUAACACUGCAAAAAUAAUAUUUGUAUAUAGUUUAUCUUAUACACUUAUAAGCAGGAAAUAUUAAACCAUGGAAAAUAAUACAUUAUUUUAUAACUCUCAUAACAAAAUGCAGAAACUGUAAACAAUGGCAUUACCAGCAGGGUAUAAUAUUUUGUGGUUUUAGUUUUUAGGCCAAUUUUGUUUUUAAAAAAACAGAAGAUUUAGUGUUAAUGUUUUUAUUUUUAUACAUUGUCUUUAUUCAUAAAAAUAAUGUUUUAUUCAACAAAUAUGAAAUUAAAAUAGUCUCGUUUUGACUGACUUGAUGCAUUUAUACAGUAAAACCAUUAGUAAUAGAAGCAUGUCUAAAACAGAAUUAUUUAGAGAAUAAAAAUUAAAUUUUGCAAAUUUUCGUGUGUUUGAAAAAUGCCAACAUCAUUAGCGUAAAAAAAACUUGUUACAAAUUUAAAAAAAGUAAGAUCAAACAAUGUUAUAUUAAUUUUUUCUAAUCAUUUUUAAUUAAUCUAUGUUGGUACAAAAUCCAUAAAUUUACCAUAGUAACAGUUAACAUUUUUGUGUUUUGAGUUAAUUUUUGUCAAUAAUGUUUUUAGUUAUAUUUUGGAGCUAAAUGUUCUGUUAACUUACAUUUCAGUGUCAUGUUUUGACAUGAUUUACAGUGUUAUUUCGGUAUUAUCACAAUUCACCAAAUAAUCUUGUUCCUACUUAUAGUUUAGAAAGUACUGGGUCAGGCAAAAAAUUUCCUUUCCUCCCAUUAAUUUUUUUAGACAAUGUUUAAGAUGAGCACUGACAUGGACUGGAAAAAGAAAAGCUCGUAAUAUCUUCAAAAUCUGUUGCAGAUGAUUGGCAUUAAAAUCUUUGACGAUAUAGGUGCUCAGUCCAGCUCUGAGCUAAACAGUUAUGCUUUUUUUUUAUGGCACUGAAUAUCUUUUUUUGUGUUUGAGUUAUGCCUGUUUCGGCUGAAUUCAAUUGUAUAGACUUACUGAAAUGUAUUUGUACAGCAAGAUGCAAAGUAUCUAAGCCUAUCACGUUAUUUUAUGAAAUAAUGCACCUUUUACUUAGGUAAAUCACACCAACAUGUUUUGUAAUGCUAAAAUUUAUUAUUUAUAACAUGAAAAUUUCAUUGUAUCGUAAAGCACCAAUUAAGAUGGUCAAGUGUGUUGGUAAUAGUGGUUACGAGGUGUGUCGUUCCUUUACAAGAGAAUUUUUUUUAUUGUAUGUAUUUGGUAUGGUAUAGCCUAUAGGAGUCAGUGUUUGUACAUUUAUUAACUGUAGACAUUUAAAGGUAUAAUUAAAUAAUUAUUAAAUAA